AUUCCUCUCCGGUCCAUCAUACAUUCCUCUCCUUCCAUCUAAAGUGACGAUCUUUGUAGGGUUUGAAUUAUCUGGGUGAAAAAAGUUUAGAUUUUUUACAAUUUUUUUAAGCUUUGGUUUGGUUAAGCAGAGAGAGAGAGAUGGAGGCGGAGGUGAUCGAAGCAGAGCUAGUAUUGCCAACUUACAUGAGUUUCAAGAGAGUGCAGAUGUAUGAAAAGUACCCAAAAGGCCAAUCAAGAGGUAGGCACUGGAAACAUGUUAAGCAAAUUCUUCAAGCUGAGAAUUACCAGAAUUAUCCUCCUGAUGAACCCACCUAUGUUAACAUUGAGUCACCGCCCUCUAUGCAUCCUUGCAGGAGACUUUGCGAUAUAACAGGAUACGAGGCACCUUAUUAUGAUCCGAGGACGAAUCUCCGUUAUGCUAAUGCUGAAGUCUUCAAGCUUGUAAGAUCGCUUCCUAAUGAGUAUGUACAGAGAUAUCUAGCUCUGAGAAAUGCAGCAGUUGUUCUCAAGUGACCUGCGAAUUUUCAGGCCGUCUAUAUCCGCCAUUUGUUUCCAAAUCCAAGAAGAACAAUUGUGUUAAACCAUUUCUUGUUUGUGUUGAAUGUAUUAAGCAAUGUUAAACUCCAAAACAACCUUGAAACAAGUUCUUCACAAAGUGCCUCACUUUCACUUCAUUCUGUGCAAUUCUAUUUGUUUCUUAUUGUGGCCAGAUUUUAUACAAGAAUCCUAUUCAUGAA